CCUGGUCUCAGUGGCAGCCCCUCUCCUCAGCUUCUCCGACAGACCAGAUGCUUCUACUCUCUAGGGCUGCAUGGAGCUCACUGUGUUUAGCGGUGGUUGCCAUGGCAGCAGAGCUGACUCAGGACCAGGUGUCGUGGACCAGGAGAGAAGGGGAAAAUGUCACCGGGGGAGAAAAGGGAGAAAAUGUCACCAGGAGCAAAGAGGACGCCGUCUCCUUCAGAUGUACAAACACUGGCCAGUGUUAUUAUAUCCUCUGGUACCAGAAGAAAGAGGGGGAAACAUUCACCGGGAUUCUUCGAAUUCAAAAGAGUAAUGGUAACAUUUACAAAGGAUACAACCAUCCUCAGAAGGAUGAUUUCUCAUCAGUCUUCAAAGAGAACAGCUGGGAGUUGUCGCUUCAGAAGGUGAAUGCGUCCCAUUCUGCCACCUACUACUGUUCCUGUUGGACUAGUGGUGUCACACAGUGAGACGUUCUCCUUCCUGCCCGUACAAAAACUCUGCUGAUCACAUGACCCAGCAGGUCAUGUCUCAUUGGCUGUUCAAUCUCCAUUCAGGCGCUAAUGUAAACUGGACAUGAGUGAGAAGAUCUGAAUCAAUCUCUGUUUCACAGUUAGAUCACAGCCUGGACCUUACUGUCUGUAUUCUAGGCUUCAAUCCAAGCCUCUCCUAUACUGUGCAGAGUUAAUAUCAUCACUGAACUGGUUGUUGGUUACGGUGAGGUGGAUCAAACUAAAGAGUAACAGACAGACAUCUGGAGGCUCGAACGGAAAUUAAAGACUUCAUGCUCACACCUCAAGAAACAAGAAUCUAGUAAAAUACUGAGCUCUGUGGUAGUGAAGCACUCUCUUGAAGUUCUUACAUCGUCGUCUUCCUUGAGAAGGAACGAGUCUCCGGUGGUUAUUAAAGCCUACGAUGAAAAGGGAAGAAGACCUUGGGGACAUUUCUACUGAGAAAUGAUAUAAACUCUGCUGAUUUACUCUGCUGGCAUUUACAAAGCCCUCCUCUCAGGACAAGAACAUUCAUCCCCACGCCUCCCUUGUAGUGGUGCUGAUCAUCUGUAGGUGAUCGAUGUGAUCAACAAGUUAUUGAUCAGCGUUGACGGCAUCACAGGCGGUGAGCAGAGGUUUAUGAUACAGGAUAUUUCACUGUGGAUAUCCCAAUCUUUGGUCGUGGCACCACCCUGGUUGUUACAGACAGGUCAGUGGAGCGGCCCAAAGUGAGCGUCUACCCAGCGACGGGAGCUGAUUUAAAGGGCCGGCGCUCCCUGCUGUGUGUAGCCAGAGACAUGGUCCCUGAGGAGGUCCGGGUGUCCUGGAGGAGGAGAGGGGGGGGCGGAGGGGGGGGGAAGGACGGGGAGCAGCUGGAGCUCAGAGCACCGACAUACGCUGCCAGCAUCCUGGUUAUUGAUCAGGGAGAAACCCUCACAGAUCAAUACAUCUGUAGAGUUGAGCAUGAGAGCGGUCUGCAGAAGGUGGAGGUCCCAGCAGCUCCAACAGAAAUGACCUUGACUUCAGAAGGCCCCGGAAAGACAGAUGUUACCUUAGCGACGGCAGUUACUACGGACCCCCGGCGUCCAGGGAGACCCAGAGAAGGUCCUUCAGAUGAAACACACCAGUCCCUCCAGGUGCUGUCCAGAGCCAGGCUGGCGUCUGUGCUCUACACAGUGAUGGUGGUGAAGAGUGUGCUCUGCUGCUGUGGCCUGGCUCUCCUGCUCCUCCACACCAACAAGACCAGCAGGACGCCCAGAACCAGCACCACCACAGCCCUGGACGCCUCUAUGGUGCAUAUGGCCCAGUAUAACCCACAUAGGCCUCUAUGGUGCACAUGGACCAGUAUAAACCAGUAUGGGCUGUGUGUUGGUGGGGUCCCAGAGUCCCUCCAGGUGCUGUCUGUGUUCUACACAGUGAUGGUGGUGAAGAGUGUGCUCUGCUGCUGUGGCCUGGCUCUCCUGCUCCUCCACACCAACAAGACCAGCAGGACGCCCAGAACCAGCACCACCACAGCCCUGGACUGACGCUCCUGUCCCCCAGAACCAGCACCACCACAGCCCUGGACUGACGCUGCUGUCCCCCAGAACCAGCACCACCACAGCCCUGGACUGACGCUGCUGUCCCCC